UUUCCUGUUUCUUUCAUUCUUUCUUUCCCCGUCGCUUUCAUCGGAUUCCUCGUGAGUGAGAUGCCCCUGGCGCCGGCGCGCCGCCGGUGUAGGCCGGUGGUGGGGGAGGCAGGCUCACCGGAGCAUUUACCACCACCAUAGAAGCGGGGCCCCCGCCGCGGAGGAGGAGCGCAGGAGGCGAGGCGGCCGCCGACGCAGAGUUGGGCGGGGCAACCGGCAACGUCCUGACGGACGCUGUCCGGCGAGAGCGCGGCGCCCUGAACCUGAAGUGAAAUCUCCAAUGCUAUGGGCUCCGAAGAAAUCCUAGAUGCUGAGAUGGUAGCACAUCUUGGAGACUUUGGACUUGCGAAGAUUCUUGUUGAGGGCAACUCAUUGCUCCAACAGUCUACAAGCUCAAUGGGAUUUAGAGGGACAAUCGGCUAUGCUCCUCCAGAGUAUGGUGCUGGAAAUACGGUAUCAACUUUAGGAGAUAUUUACAGCUAUGGAAUUCUUGUGUUAGAAAUGGUAACUGGGAAGAGGCCCAUCGAUAACAAAUCCAUACAAGGAUUGAGCCUCCGUGAGUAUGUUGAGCUGGGUCUACAUGGUAAAAUGAUGGAUGUUGUUGACACCCAGCUGUUCUUGGGCCUUGAGAAUGAAUUUCAAACCGCUGACGAUUCUUCAUGCAAAGGAAGGAUCAAUUGCCUGGUCGCAUUACUCAGGCUUGGAUUGUAUUGCUCUCAGGAAAUGCCGUCGAAUAGAAUGUUAACUGGAGAUAUUAUUAAGGAAUUGAGUUCAAUCAAACAAUCCUUGUAGGGAACACAUAAUAUAUCUUCGAGCUGAAUGACAGUUUGGAGUUCAUUCCUUGGGUGUUCAUCUCUUACCCUUUCAUACCUUGUUGGUUUAUGCAUAGUACACUGAAGUAUACUGUUAUCACUUGGGAUUUGGACAUCUGAGCGCAAAAACUGAUUGCCAUGCAGUUGUAAUCAUGCCUGUAAACAUAUCCGUGAUUUAUGUCUUUUUUGCUAGGAAAAGCAUUUUUCCAGUCAUGUACUUUGUCCAGACAUAAUAAAUUACUACGCAACUUUGUAAUUUGUGAUCGUUACAACGAGUAUACUAUGUCGUGCAUCUCUCUAACAAUAAAUAUUUAGUAGUUUAUAA